CGCUGUGGUUGCUGUCGUGCCGUGUGGGCGUCACAAACGAAUAAUCAAUGGCCUCCUCCUCUUGCCUGCAUCGCCAGGAAGAAGACGAAGAAAAAAAAAUAUCAGAGGGAGAGAAGAGUAGAAAAAGAAGACGGAAAGAGAAGGGAGACAGGGAGUCAGUCUUCUUCCUCUGCCUCCGUGCCUGCGCCUUUGCUUCGGAGUCCGCCAAGUUUAGAUUCGACGAGGAGGGAGAGCUUCUCCUUUUCGUUCGCCCCCCUCUCCUUGCCUGGGGCGUGUGGCGACUGGCUCCGUUCCAACAGUCCAAGGCGAGGAUUAUUUUACAAAGGAUCCUGAUUUUGUUCUUGAAGAAAUGAACUCAACCAGCCCUUCAGAGCUGUCAGCAUCUUCAGGUGGAGAGGCAACACCAGCCAAUGAUAAUGCGAGACCUUCUGAUUCAGUUGGGAGUAAUUCUCCUGGACCGGCAAGAAGCAGAAUUGCACUGCAGUUGGAUCAGCGGUCAUUACAUUUUUCUGUUUCUGCUUGGGUUCUUAUUGUUGCAUUGAUUGGCAUCCUUCCUUUGGCACCACGACAACUACAAUACAAGGGAUAUCGUUUAUCACUUCUUGGCACAACCUGUACCACAGGCUAUGCCUUAUUUGCUUUUUAUCGGCUACCCAGAGCAGGAAACAUGCAUGCUGCUCAGAUCUUUCACCAUGUGGCUUCAUCAAAGGAUUUUAUACCAUUCAUGUACUGUCUUAUGUUUGUCGUGUCUGAACUGCAAUUGAAGCUUGUUUUGGUACCUGUAAUUUGUUGGGCACUUGAACAUGUGGCCAGAUUUCUACGGAGGCAUUUUACUAAUUCCUCUCUAUACAGGACAUACCUGGAGAAACCUUGCACAUGGGUCGAGACAAACACAACUGCAGUCAACUUUCUGAGUUCAAAUGCAGAAAUUUUGUUGGGAUUUCUUUUGAUUUUGUCUCUGUUCUCGCGAAAACGCAAUGCUAUGCAAACAUUCAUGUAUUGGCAGUUACUGAAGCUCAUGUACCACUCACCUUUCACUGCCGGUUAUCACAGAGCUAUCUGGCUUAAAAUUGGGCGGACAGUUAAUCCCUAUAUCAAUCGCUACACUCCUUUUCUUCAUGACCCGAUAAAUGCUGGCAUGAGAUGGUGGUUCAGGUAGCAUAGAUAUGGCUCAAGUAAUCAUGUAAAGGUGUUUUUGUCACAGGUAACACAAGGAAAAUAUCUUUUGAGUAAAGUGUAGCUUGCGAGUGACAUGUUGUUAGUGCCUUGUCUUUUUUUUUUCUCUCGAUAUUUGCUGAUAUUACUUUUAGUUAGUGGUUAGUAAAUUCUUGUAACUUUGCCAUCAUUGUAGAACUAGGUGUAGAUCUUGGUAAUAUGACCAAUUUACCAUGAAGUGGAAAUGGAAAAGCGAUCUGUUACUAUCAUGAUCUGGAUUCUGUGUUCUGAAUUCCUAAGAAAGGUUGUUCAAGCCGAUGGGCCAGUACUGAGCCCAACCAUUAAA